AUGAUGACGAUGUGCCGUCUGCUGUGCGCCCUGUUGGUGCUCGCCCUGUGCUGCUGCCCGUCCGUGUGCGUGACAACGACUGGUGGAUUGAAUAAAAAUACGGAUUUGUCAUCCCCUCAGUCACAAGUGCAAGAUCAGUCUGACGAGGAACAGGAUUCAGAGACGGAGACCGUUGCGGAGCCGGAAGGUGACACAGGCGGUGACGAAGGAUCAGGAAGUGAGGACCCUACCCUGCGAAAGACACAAGGGAGCUCUGUUGAGGUAAAGACACCAGAUACGACGACGACCACAACAAAGGCACCAACCACGACGACCACGACCACUACAAUAGAGGCACCAAGUAAUACGGCCAUGAAUGCACGGGCACCAACCACGACCACGACAACGACUACAGAGGCACCGUCGCGUCUUCGCGAAGUCGACGGCAGCCUCAGCAGCUCUGCGUGGGUGUGUGCCCCGCUGGUGCUCGCAGUAUCCGCGCUGGCGUACACCACUGUGGGCUGA